AAAGUCUCGGCAUUGCUAUAUUGUUGUUGAACUAGCCAUAGCUAAUUUUUCCAGUGCUUGUAAAAAAUCACCUCCCGCCGACUGACCUGAAACAAACAAAAAAACACGCAGAAGGCAAUAACUCCAACUAAAAAACUCGCGUUUUAUAUAACUGAAAAAAGAAAAGAAAGAAGAUAAAAUGGGAGCAGCAGCAGCACCAACUGAGAAGAAGAUCCGGAACGCUAUGGAGACUGCGAACUGUAAUUCCGAUCUUAAAACUUCUCCACUCACCGUCGCUGCCUCUAUUUCUCUUCCUGUUAUGACUCCUCGCGUCAUAGAACUGUGCAAGGAUCUCUUCGAGAACUGGUCAAAAUUAGACGAUUCUCGCUUCUCUGUUGAGACGGUUUCCGGGGGUAUAACAAAUCUAUUGUUGAAGGUGUCUGUGAAGGAAGAUAAUGGAAAUGAGGUAGCUGUAACUGUCAGGUUGUACGGACCUAAUACGGAUUAUGUUAUUAAUCGUGAGCGGGAGUUACAGUCUAUCAAGUAUCUUUCAGCUGCAGGAUUUGGUGCUAAGUUGCUUGCAGUAUUCGGAAAUGGCAUGGUGCAAUCUUUCAUUGAUGCACGCACUCUAACUCCUGCAGAUAUGAGAAAGCCAAAGCUGGCUGCAGAAAUUGCCAAGCAACUUCGUAAAUUCCAUGAAGUGGAAAUCCCAGGUUCUAAAGAACCUCAGUUAUGGAAUGACAUCUUCAAGUUCUAUGAGAAUGCAUCUCUCCUACAGUUUGAUGAUACUGAGAAGCAAAGAAAGUAUAAGACAAUUUCAUUCAAGGACGUUUACAAUGAAGUUCUUGAAAUCAAAGAACUGACAGACCGUCUUAAUGCUCCUGUGGUUUUUUCUCAUAAUGACUUACUUUCUGGGAAUCUGAUGCUCAAUGAAGAUGAAGAUAAACUCUACUUAAUUGAUUUUGAGUAUGGCUCAUACAGUUACAGAGGCUUUGACAUUGGAAAUCACUUCAAUGAGUACGCGGGUUAUGAUUGUGACUACAGCUUAUGUCCAAGUAAGGAUGAACAAUAUCAUUUCUUGAGGCAUUAUUUGGAACCAAACAACCCGCAUGAGGUCUCUGACAAGGACCUUGAAGCACUAUACAUAGAGACAAACAUUUUCAUGUUAGCUUCACACUUAUUUUGGGCAUUAUGGGCUCUAAUCCAGGCAAAGAUGUCUCCAAUUGAUUUUGAUUAUCUAGGGUAUUUCUUCCUGCGAUACAAUGAGUACAAAAAGCAGAAGGAGAAGAGUUGUUCAUUGGCACGUUCUUAGGGGUGGGUAGUUUCAUGUCAUUUUCACGCAUUGCCAGCAGUCGUGCUUUUUGUUGUGGAUCUGUAGGGAUAGAAUCUCUAGUCCCAGUUAGAUAUUCUUGUAAAAAUUAUAUAUUCUUUGUAGGCAAGGAGAUAAAAAAUAGAAAAAUAAUGCAAAAAUAAUGUGAACAUGGCAGCACUUUAGUACCAUUUGUUGUAAUUCUGAACACUGCCAUGUAUUCCUCAACAGAUUUGAGAUAACCGCAAGAAAGCUAGUCUUCUGGUGCUGAA